AUGGCAGCGCAGCUGUCAAGAUCAAGCACUCGACAGCAAGAGAUUGAGCAAACGGUUUUUGAGGAAGUUUCGAAUGAUCAACAAGAAGAAGAACAGACACCUUUCAUUCUUAUAGAAAAACUUGAACAAUCCGGAAUCAGCUCAGGAGAUAUUAAAAAACUAAAAGAAGCUGGAUUUAACACCGUGGAACGAAUAGCUCAUGCAAUGAGAAGUGAAAUCACAGCUGUGAAGGGGAUAAGUGAGCAGAAAGCUGAUAAGCUUCAACACGAAGCAAUGAAAUUAGUGCCAAUGGGUUUCACUACUGCUUAUGAGGUACACGAGCGACGCAGCGAGGUGGUACAAAUUCGGACAGGAUCGUCUACGUUAGACAGAUUGAUAGGUGGAGGAGUGGAGACCGGGUGCAUCACUGAGGCAAGUUUUUUUAUGAUUCGUUUUUAA